CCAAAAAUAACCUCCCAACAACUCGUCCCCUUUAAACUUCAUCCACCUCUCCAACCUCCUCCGCCAAGUUUAUCCCACUUCCAGCGAACUUGGCAGAGUUAUUCUAAGCUUUGCUAGCAAAAAAGAAAUGGAGAGUGAAGUGGCGAGACGCAGAAUCGACAUGAUUGCAGCUCACUUCGCCCCCGCUGAUGAUAUCCCUGUAACCAACGUCCUCCCCAUGAACUGCAGCUGCAGUUUAAACUCUGUGUUCCAAAGGUGUGACAAUAGAAUGCAUUUUGGAAGGCAAGGAUCUGCUUCUCAAGGUUACUUCAUGAGGCAGGCUACCAUCGAAGAGAGUGGCUCAGUUCAGUCUGGUGUGGCACACAAAGCACAGAACUACAAUAGCAUUUUAAACUCUGUGAUCCGAAGGCGUGAUAAUGGAAUGCAUUUUGCACGGCAAGGAUCUGCUUCUCAAGCUUAUUUCAUGAGGCAGGCUACCAUUGAAGAGGGCAGCUCAGCUCCAUCUGGUGUGCCUCACAAAUCCUCUGGUUAUGAGAGAUCUUGUAACGGUUUUGAAGCACCAUUAUUUUCUAGACCUGUAAGAAAAGAACUAAACUUGGCAAAUGGCCAAGCUAUGGUGCAAGGUUGCGUAUUAACCAUCAUGCCUGAGGCUCCUAAGUUUGCUCAACCUAGCAGAAGAACAAACGGAAGAAAGGAGUUGCAUUCCCAGAAGAAAAUGCACUCCUCUGAAUCUGAUGGAAUUGAGUGGUCUCCUAGGAUGGAUGUUGCAGAAUCAGAUCGCAAUUAUGUUAUGACAGUGGAAAUUCCAGGGGUCAAUAUCAAUGAUAUAAGAGUGGAGGUUGAUGACCAAAAGUUAACCGUUUCGGGUAGACGCUUAUCCCAGUACUGGAAAGUGGUUGGUUGUUCAAAUGACUCAAUCUCUACAUAUCACAAAAGAGAGAUCUUACAAGGGCCAUACCAGGUCGUGUGGCCGCUUCCUGCUGAUGUCAACAAGAACGGUGUUUCAGCGGAGUUUUUGGAUGGAUUUCUACAAAUUACUAUUCCUAAACUAUAAGAUCAUUGCUGGGCAGAGGCAUGCAUAUAUAUAUAUAUAUGUGAACAAGUACUUGCUUUGUAAGCAAUGCUCAUCAUCUUGAACAUGUGUUCUAUGAAUGUACCAGUUCAACUCAUCUGGGAUAUAGUUUAUUUAGUUAAUCAUUAUAGGGGAGCAGGAAAAAGAAAAGAAAAAGAAGAAACCCUAAAUAAAGAUCAGAUCAAAAUAUAGGCUCUCGAAUAAUGUAUAAUUAGGUUUUAAUCUUAUUCUGAACUAUGGAUUGUAUUAUUAAGUUUUUUAUGUGUUAAAACGCUCUAAUGUUGGUA